CUUGUGUUCAGAAAGAUCAGUGACGUGAAGCGUGAGGAAGAAGAGAGGCUGAGGAGGAAAAAUGAGGCCCCGCUUAAUCUCCCCCCUGAUCAUCCCGUUCGCCGACUAUUCCAGCGAUUCCGCCAGCAGAAGGAAGCCCGUCUUGCUGCUGUGCGUCCCAAUUCUGAGGACCCUGAUCUCGAGAAGGGCCAAAUCCACCAUGAAGUCAUCAGCCAAGAUGUGGUUGCCACCACAAGCAUCGUCACAGUAACAGAGAGCCCAGCCACGCCCAUCCCAUCACACCCGAGCAAAAACCGCACCCUGGGUCCGUUUGAACAAGGCAAACUCAGCGCCCCUGCCCCAAACGUCCCUCGUACAUCAGAGCCACGCGCACGAGGAUGGGCAAGGUUCAGGGAGAGCAUGGCGAAGCCAGAAAGCUGGGGAAGCGUUCCGAAAGCAGAAUCGAUGGAGACUCUUCCAGAGCGAAGCAGCUCUGGAAAGACUUCGGAGCCAAGUGGACUAAAGAAGACUGAUUCCUGCGACAGCGGUAUUACCAAGAGCGACCUACGGUUGGACGAAGGUGGCGCCCGCACCCCAGUGGACCGAAGCCCGGUUCAGCCCGACGGAAAAGCUCCUCCAAUCCCACCGAUUCCUGAACACACACUGCACGCCUCGAUCCUCGAACUCCGUACUGAACUUAAAGAGGAGCUGUCGGCACUCGGCAACCGAAUGGUUGCCUUGGAGACACAGGUCGCCGAGGUGUUGAGGUUGCUAAGGAGCAGAAAGACUCCGACCUCUCCCAUGUCGCUCUUCCAGAUCUCACGGCCGACAUCGCCAGACACGGACAAGGAGGACAUAUUCCCUUAAAGAAAAUGAGGUAAGCACCCUUCCUCUUCAAAACGAGAGACUUUCUCAGAGAAAGGAUGGAACUUUGUGUGCCAGCAAAAAGCAUGACAGACACUCUGAGAGACUGUGUGUGUGUGUGAGUGAGAGAAUGAGUGAGGGAAAGGAUGAAAUAAGACACUGGAAAGGAGAAGAGAAUGUCUUAUCCCAAGGCAGAGCAUCUGCGAUACCAAAGUGAUGGUACGUUAGUUGUCACACAGACACACUUUGUGUCGAACUGCUCCUUGUUUUUGUCCUGCGAGGCUGACAGACAGUGAGAGCUCUUGCCGCAGGGCCCACUCUGACUGAUGGUUGUCAUGGCAAUGCAUCGUCCCCAAUUGCAAGUGCGGGCCCUUCAAGAUCCCACUCAUGUAGCAAGUCUUCCCCUCUCUCUUUCGCUCUCUCACACACCACUGUUUGUUCUCUGCAGUCUUUCUGGUAUAGGGAUCUAUUGCACUCCAUCCUGCUGGUUAACUCGCCGCCUUUAUCAGGAAUCACAGAGCUAAGCGUCUUACCCAAGUACAUGGCGGUGUGGAGAUAAGCUGCUCUGCAAAAGACUGAAGAAGCAAGGAGCAUCCCAGGAACUGUGGAAACCCCAGGCAGCUUUGGUGACUUACUUUAGACAAAUGUGUUUGUACAAUGACAAACCAACUACUAUCCCAAGAGUUCAUAUACGUUACCAGAGAAACUAAUGAGCUCUACAGGGGUUUUAAAGUGUAACAGCUGUUAAGACCCUUUUCCAUGACUUGCGUCAAUGCACAGCUCAACAAGAUUUAAAACAAAAUCUAACAACAAUGGUAUCAUACAGUUUUAGGGAUGCACAAUAUAGUGGCAGCAUAUCAGAUUUAUUGGCUAUCAGCCAAUAUUGAAUAUUUAAUUGUAUAGUACAUGCACAUUUCCUAUAUUUCUACAUUUAGACUACAUUUGCCAUUAUCUAACACUUACUUAAAGGAAUAUUUCACUUCUGAAUUUAAUUUUCCUCAUAAUUUACUCAUCCCCAUGUCGUUCAAGAUGUUAAUGUCUU